CACAGUGGUGGAGCAGCUUAAAAAGUCCGCACACUGUUUAGAUUUUUAUCAGAUUGACUGCAACUCCCUGCAGGUACCACUCAGGAUAAGAAACAACUACAGAACUGCCUCUUUAUUAACCAAAAUGAAGACCAUUUCCGUCUUCUAUUGUCUUUUAUGUGCUACAUUGACAAAAGGAGCCGAAAUCAAUGUGGAAGGAUUCGAGGGGGGAGAAGUCUCGUUCAAGAGCUCACACAGACUUGCACGGAACUACAAUAAGUAUCUAUGCAUCGAUCCAUGUAAAAGCAGUCAAGAUAUACUGGUUACUGUACAAUCUGGUAAAAGAGCAAAGUCAGGAAGGAUAACUCUGGUGGACUCAGGGGACGGCUCUUUCACUGUGACCUUCAGUCAGCUCCAGCUGUCAGACUCAAAGGAAUACCUGUGUGCAGUGGACAGGCCUGGAUUGGAUACGUAUACUUCAGUACACCUCACUGUAAAGAAAGUUGUCCCAAAUGAGACAACUGUUACACCAGAUGUUUCUUCCACAUGGACAUACCAGAAUGUCACCAAUUCAACACAAAUAACAACUGAAAUAGACAUUCUUUGGACUACAAACAUUUCAACAGCCUCAAACUUCACUAAUGGAAUAGAACAGAACAUCUGGACAGGGACCAUCUUGCAUGUUACCAUCGGAGGCGUUGCUAUGAUCAUUAUCUUGAUGCUGCUGGCAAUGUGGGGCAGGAAACGCAAAGAAAUUUCAAAACCUCAACUGCGAGUUUGCUCCAACAGCAGGGACGUCGGCAAUGCACAUGAAAGUGAGGUCGACUGUGAGUAUGAUGAUAUAGAGAGUGUGGUUCAGCAUGUUAAAAAGUUACCUGAGAGCGCUUCUGUCGGUGCUCCCCUCCCAAAACAGAAUCCACCGACAUCUGGAGCCACAGCAGCUGAAUGUGCCAGACCCAUUCACAUCUAUGAAAACAUUUCUUUCUCCAAAGGUGCUGCAGGUUCAAAUGUGCCAAACAACCCCAACAUUAUCUCUGGGAUGUACAUCAAGCCUUUGCCGCCAGUAUUAUGUAAAAAACCAGCUGAUGGGUGUCCUAGAAAGCACACAAAGCCCAAAUCAGUUUGGUUUGGUUUGGAUCUAACGGGAAUGAAUCUGAGUUGAUCUCAAAGACAUUGAUGGACGACUGAAGUUCUCCAAUUAUGAGCAACAUUAUUACUACAAGCUUUUACAGUAUAAACGGCUGUUUAUGUGUAAAUCUGCUGUAUUGUUUCUCUCUCUCUCUCUCUCUCCCUGUGUGUGUGUGUGUGUGUGUGUGUGUGUGUGUGUGUGUGUGUGUGUGUGUGUGUGUGCGUGUGUGUGUGUGUGUGUUCAUAUUUCUGGUUAAGGUCAGAGGAAGUGUUGGGAUCCAGUGCAUGAUGAAAGUUAUACAGUGUGGAGUCUGACAGUGACAAUAACAAGUCUUUGCAUCUGUGGGCGAUUGUACGUGACUUUCGUAACUGAAGUCAUUGUACAUACACCUACCAGACAGCCUCCCAGUGGUCAUAUCAAUAAAGACACUGUGGCAGAAAGCACUGCAUAUUGAUAUAAUUAUUUUUAAAAACAGACCUUCGUAGACACUGUUAUAAAAUUGUAAAAUGUAUUUGCUUGUAAGAUGUGACAAAAUCACACUGAUGAAUAAUUUAAAAAGUGUAAAGAAAGGGAUUGUUGCUUUGGGAUUACUUGCUCAGCUGGUGUAAGAAAAGACGUACUUGCUUCAUGAAUUUGGAUCAUAUAUACUGUCAAAACAUCUGUAAUUCUACAUAUUUUUUUUCUUAUUUUACAGGUUUUUGUCCCUAAAUGUUUGAAAUACAAGAAGAUGUCAGUACAAUUACAAAAACAGCCUGAAGAUUUACAUGUAAAAUGACAUGAUGAACUCACAACUGUGAAUGACCUUGAAAUUUCUAGUUUUAAAGAAAGUUGCAGUUUUUGACAUAAAAUGUAUUAUUAAACAAAAUUAAGUCAUGUUUCAUAGAUCAAACAACUUUGGUACUGGACAUGUAUUUCUAAAAUUAGAUACAAUUAGUGAGUAUUGAGAGAAAAAGAAUUGUUUGGUCUGUCAAUUUACAAAGAUUUGUUGUUUAAAAGAGGUACAUCUGUUAGAAAUUUCAGAGGUUUUCACAGCAAAAAAUGCCUUCAUCAAUGUGUUAUAUCUGUAAACAUUGAUAGUAUGUCAAAAUGCAAAUUUUAUCAUUAUAUUUGUCUGUUAUUGUUGUAAAUUUUUUGUUUUUACACAUGUAAAUAUCCACCAUUAAACAGCCAAAAACAUACUCAAUGUUGAAUUAAAGCUAGAAAAUGCA